AUAUAACACGCAUUACAUAGCUUGGAUUCCAUUCAACCACAAUUCAAUCGCAGAAGAAGCUUAAAUAAUUACAACACAUCUCUCCUAAAUUAGGUAUAUACAUACACCUAUACGUACAUUAUUUGUAUUCUAGCCCUGCCUUUUCUCUUCCCGAAAAGUUCGCCGCCAUCGCCGAUCACGAUGGCGUCAUCGACUCUGGUCCCCUCCGCCGGGAAAUCCUUGUCGCCGGAGCCUCCGCUCUCCUUCUCCGGCCGGUUUUCCCGCCAUAAUUUGAAAUCGUUCGUAUCGAUCCCGAUUCCGCGUGUUAAGGCCCCUUGCAUCCGCGCCUCGGCGGCCUCGAUUGAGUAUCCGUCGCUGACGGCGCGCGAAAAAGUCGGGGUGUUCACCGACAAUUUGGACGGGUGGAUGAGAGAAUCGGUGGUGGAGAUCGUGAAGAGCUUGAAGAAUUCGCCGCUGAUGGUUCAUGUUUACUGUAAUGACGCGACGGAGGUGAAGAGCGAAAGAGGCGCUUCGGAGAAUUGGAGUGAUUUGUUACAGGAAUGGAGAGACGGAGAGAAGCGAUCACCUGACGGGAUCAUACUUGUUCAACAACUGGAAGAUAAUAAAAUUGAGUAUGAUGAUGAUAGAAGUGUUGAUUUCGAGGACGCAGACCUUACCUCUACUCUAACGUGCACGCGGAAAAAGAGUUGGGAGACUGUUUCCGUGAAAGCCGAGGAGGAGGAUGGGACAAAGGCCUGGGGAGUGUUGGUACAAGGAAAAGGGAAGGAGAGAGAAUGUAGUAGGACAGCUUGUUAUUUGUUGAAGACUUGUAGAGUUAAUUCUGGGUUGGGACUUUGUGGGACUCAUUUUAGUUUGGUUAAGGUUAAGAAUUUUAGAGAAUCUGCCUUUUCUCAGAUCAAGAACAGCUGGUUGUUGUAGUGUGCAUCGCAUGGCAAAAAGCAACUGUUCAUUGGACAUAGUUUUCUUUUAAGAUUUAAUUUGAUUAGACUUGUAAGUUGUACAUCAUCAUUCACAAUUGUUACAUUCCAAAUAUAUUAUUUUUUAUUGGAA